AUGGUAUUUAUUAAUGAGGACAUAUUGGCUGAGAGUGAAAACGAAUACUCCCUUUCAGAAAAUCAAAAUAAUGUUGAAGUAUCUUACUCUACUAACACUGGUGACGAGAAAAGUAAAUUUGAAUGGGGAGAUGCAGAUACCAGGUUACUUUUAGAUUUAUACCAUUCUGGAUUACCUGAUGUAGGCCCACUUAAAAAAUAUCCCAAUAAAAAAGCACUGUGGCAUUAUAUCAGCCAAGAUAUAAAAAGUCAGGUAAAACUCGAACGCACACCUGGUCAACGCGAAACUCGCCUAAAAACAAUUCUUAAGAGAAAAACCAAGAUAAGAAAAAUAAUGAAACUUCUGGAGAGACCAGGACUGAAUUCAGUUUGAGAAUGAAUUAGC